GUUCCAGAAUUUGAAAAAAAGUUAUAUUUAGAGGUAGAAAAAUGAAUUAGCAGGUCAGGUGUGUUGUAAUGCAUAGAAACUUGCAAAAACAACACAUUUGUACGUUAAUGGAGAGCAGGAUUUAAAAGUCAUAGUUUUGGUCAACUGCUGUAAUAGUAGCCACUUCUUUAACACUAUCUUCAUGCCUCUUGGUUAUUAAACUAACCACACACUGUUAUUCCGAUAGAAAGUUAAAGCGGGGUUAAUGUGGUAACGUCAGCUCCUCUGGGAACAGCCCUGUCUCCAGCAGCAACAACCUCCACCUGACAGCAGCUUUCAGAGGAAACAUGGCGGCCCGAGUCCUUCAAAGUGUGGGCAAAGGCCUUAAACAGACGAAAAACAGGCUUCAGACAAACGGGCAGGUCACGAUUCUCGUAAGGAGCCUCUCAGGUUUCGGUGAGGACAGCUGGUUCAAGUCUCUGUUUGUCAGAAAGGUAGACCCUCGAAAAGAUGCUCACUCACAUCUGCUCGCCAAGAAGGAAGACAACAAUCUGUACAAAAUACAAUUUCACAAUGUCAAGCCUGAGUGCCUUGAUGAUUACAAUGAACUUUGUGCAGACAUCUUGCCUUCCAUUCACGCUGACCCUGAAUACCCUUGUGAGCUGGUGGGCACCUGGAACACGUGGUACGGAGAGCAGGAUCAGGCUGUUCACCUGUGGAGAUAUCGGGGAGGAUACCCGGCUCUCACUGAAGUCAUGAGCAAACUCAGGCAGAAUAAGGAGUUUACGGACUACAGGAAGGAGCGUGGGAAGAUGCUGCUGUCUCGUAGGAACCAGCUGCUGCUGGAGUUCAGUUUCUGGAACGAGCCCGUUCCUCGCCCAGGACCCAACAUCUAUGAGCUCCGAUCGUACCAACUCAGGCCUGGGACGAUGAUCGAGUGGGGAAAUUACUGGGCGCGUGCCAUUGAGUUUCGCCAGCAGAACCAAGAGGCGGUGGGAGGCUUUUUCUCACAGAUUGGAAGUCUUUACACUGUUCACCACUUAUGGGCUUACAAAGACCUUCAGUCCAGAGAAAACACCAGAAACUCGGCCUGGCAGCAUGACGGCUGGGAUGAAGUUGUUUAUUACACAGUCCCUCUUAUUCAACACAUGGAGUCUAGAAUAAUGAUUCCCAUGAAGAAUUCGCCCUUGAAGUGAGCACAAACGCCGGGGGAGCCUCUCUACAGUCACUGAGUCGCACUUUGAAGAGUGUGACCAACCAUCAGAUGUUCACUGCAUAACAUCAACAUGCUGUUUCAGUUUUCUUUUUCUUCUUUGUUUCGUUACUGUACUUUUCUUUGUGGGCCUAGAUGUCUUAAUUCUGAUCCAUUAUAGCGCUUUUUGUAGACCAAAAUUAAUUUACAUGCCCCUCCUCUUUACUGUCUCUCUUUUGUAGUGUCAGGUAGUAAGAGCCUUAUUUUGACAUGAUGUUAUGCAAUCUUCAGUGUCUGUGUGUUACCAGGUAUGAGAUGAAACAUCAAGCAGUUCUAGUGCUGGUCACCAGGGCUGAAAAUAUCGGAAGGUCUUUCAGGAAAAUGACACGCAAGCCUAAUUGCACUAGCAUUAAUAACAACUCAAACAAGACUGCCUCCAGUUUCACAUAACAAAAACAUUGCAUUGACACCUCAAUAUUGGUAUGAAUCGGAAAGCGUCUUAUGUGUUACAGUUGAUGGUCAGUUUUUUAGGAGCAUGAUAUUUAUAAAUCAGUGUUCAAGAAUGUAAGCUGAUGAGAUAGAGGCCUGUGUUGUAGGGCUACAUUCAGACUACCGUUAGUAUUCAGUAAAAGUAAAUUGGUAUACACCUAUUUGGAAAAAUGACUUAAUGUUUACAUGGCUUUGAUGCAGCCAACCAAAUAUGUUGUGUACCAAUUGUUUGAAUCAAAAUAAUUCGGCCCAGUUUGUGUCUCCUCCGUUAAACUGACUACAUCUCCUUCUGUUCUAACUUUAACAUCAUGACACUUCUGCCUCUUCCAGUCGUGAAGAGGGGGACAAUAUGAUUCAAAUGAUUAGAGCAUGUUUUUGAUUUCUGCAUAACUAAUCAUACCUACAAAUUGCUGUCCACUGACGGGUUUAAACCAAUUAAUGCCAACAUUGUGACUGUGUGCUCUAACUGAGAUUAAUGUCGUUUUUUAAAUGGUCAGAUUAUAGAAAUACAUUGUGGGUUUAAGUCUCUGGCUUGGUCAAUACUGUAUUUGUAAAUGAAGUGGGUUUAAUAAACUAUCUGAUGUUGAUGAUCAGUCAGAGAGGUAAGAAGUAAAACUCAACGUGGUGAAUGUGAAUUGCAGUGAUUUCAUGAUAUUAGUUGUACAUAAUGAAUUAAACUUCUGAUGAAAAUGAAAAGAAAAAAG